AUGCCGCCUCAGACGCAGGCUGGCAACGAGUUGGCGCUGGCGAACUACGGCCGCUUACAUUCAGCCGGCAGCCCUCUCCAAAUCCCGACAGAGCUCAGCGGCAUUACCAUUCCGCAAAUUCAGGCCCUACUCGCCUUCAUGCAAGGUAUGGUCCAGUGUUGGUUUGGCACGUUUGGUGCAGAGUGCGGGCUACCUCUGUCCUUUGAGUCCUUCAAUCUGUAUCAUGCAGACUACUGGAUCUUGCAGCCGGCGACUGCAGGAGCAGGUGGGCGCGGCUGCAGCUAUGUGGAGGCAGUCGCGUUGACCAUUUUCUUGAAAGUGCUGUUCCUGCGGUGCUUGCUCCGCCACGCUGCCGUGCGAGACUUGCGCGGAGAUCCUGCGUACUGGGUCUGUGCCUAUGCGAACAACCAGCAUGCACUCGGCGAUGCCAUCCCCACAGGCCGGGUGAGUCCUUGCCGCCUCGUCGUGAUCGUCAUGCCCGAGAGACCACAUUCGACAGAUCCGCGGAAAUCAUCAUUUUACUUGGCGAUGAUGCUCUGCCGUGGAGUGCUGCUGGUGCUGGAUGCUGCAGCCACGCCCUUUCAGAGCUGUUUCGAGGAAGCAAUUGCUGUUGAAAACUCCGCCAAGCUCUUUCUGGACGUGGCGGCGACAAGCGGCGAUAUGGCCCACAUCCUUACGGAUGGCCUUGCGGGAAAUGAGGCCAAGUUGCUGCCCCUGCUGGGGCUACUUGCCAAAUCCCGGCGUGAGGAACCUUUCCCCGCCAAUUUACUGGAGCACGGACUCGGAGUCCGCAUUGAGAUUGCCGAGGCCUCCAGGGAGGAGGACAAGACACGAAUCUUGAACAGCAUUGCCUUCCCACGAGCAGGAACGCAGGCCCUGGAUGAGGCACCAAAGGAGGAGCACGACAAGUAUGGAGCCGUGAAUCGGGCAUUGAGGAGCCACUUUGCUUUGAGCAGCCUCUAUGCAUGCUACACUCGAGACACCGACCCAAGCAAUUUUCUGGCUGCACUCCGUGUGGAUGCUGCCCGCCUUUCCGUGCAGCUCUCAUUGACUGGCUGCAAACACUUCAGAGAUGCACAGAUGCGCGCGCUCUUGGCUCAUUUGCCAAGAACUCUUCUGUGCCUCCGCCUGGACCUUGGCCACACAGGCCUGCAGACCAUCGCAGUGGACGGCUUUUGCUGCCAGCUGCGCACACUGCAGCUUCGCUUCUCAGGGGCAUCGCUGCGAGAAGCUGUCGGCAUAGCAGCCCUCCUCGACACGGCCCAAGCUUCCUUGCUCCGUUUGGAGCUUUGGUUUGCAGCCUUGCCGAUGCUUGAAGAGCUCAAUCUCAGCGAAGCUUUGCUGAAGCUCCGCUUGGAGGAGUUGUCUCUCCACGUCCAAGGGUGCCCCAAGGUUCCCCAAGCUUCGAAGCAGGCAUUGCACAAUGCCGCCCGAAAGCUUCAGAGCCGUGACAAGGACUUGCAGAUGUGGCUCUGCAUCGAGGAUGCAGCGACGUGGACGCAGCAGCUCCAGGCUCUGCUGCCAUGGGAUCGCAUCCGGAAGUUGCAAGGCUUCCAAAGCCCGGGCAGCGGCUCGGAGAAAGGGCAAAGCACGAGAACAGAAUCCGAGAUCAACCAGGACUUGCCGUUUCCAUGCAGCCACGGGCGCUGCCCACGCUUCCAUGCGAACCUGAAUGGAUAUUGCGACCAGCACUUCUUCUGCAGCCUCCGGCGGAGUGCAUUCAAAUCCUUCCAAGAGGCUCGGUGUUGGUCUGAGUUGGCUCUGAUCUUCUUCGUGCAAGCAGCUGCCGACAUCGAGUCCAGAGGCCUGCUGCUGCUGAUUCUGCUGUCCCUGUAUCCGGUUCUGGUCUUUGGUGUGGCGAACGUGAGCGGCUUCUCCGUCUCCUCGCUGUCCAUGGUGUUGCUGGCUCUGCUGGUUGCCUCCUUCUCCUUCGCAAGUUUCCGUUUCGACCAGAUGCAACGCGCGGCACGAGAGUUUUCCCUGUCCUCGGAGGCUUUCUACUCGAAGGUGUUGGAGGAUGACGGCCACCUGUCCCACACCUCGCUGGUCUUCGGUGUAGAUGGGGAGAAAUAUCCAAGCGUGGACCAAGAGACGGUGAGCGAUUUGAAAAGCAGCUUUCUGUCUGCGCGGCAGCACCUUCCGAGCUUUGAGAGCGCGGUGCAGAAGGUUGUGAGGGCAGUGGAUGCAGAUGGCAUGGAAGCACACCUGAAGUGCGGGGAUGAGGCUCUCCUUGCUUCCGAGUUCCAAGGAGCUGUGGACAUCUUGCAAUAUGAGAUCUACUGCAAAGACAUCCUGCACAUGCGGCAAACAUGGAACGAGCUGAGCAGGGCUUUCCAGGGCGAGGAGCAGCCGAUCCGCAUCGUGGCCUUGCGAGACGGCUUCGCAGAAGAAGACAGCAAGCGAAGGUGCUGUGAAGUCGUGCUUUGCAUCGAGGGCCGCGUGCUCAGUGAGAGUGGCGAGUCGUGCGGCGUGUGUUUUUUGCUGACUUUGCAGCAAGGCUACUUCGCUACUGUGCUGCUUUUGGAGCGAUCUUUGGAUUCCGCAGAAAGGAAGCUUGCUGGCCUUUGCCGCAUGGCACAGAAUUUCGGCCUUCUGGUGGACCCGCGACCCGGCAGAGGCCAAGAAAGCAAGCAGAAGGCGAAGGCGAAGAGGUCUCCGAGACCUUCUCUGUGGCUUACCAUUAUCCUGGGCCUGGUGAGGGCGACGGCUCUGCUGUGCAGCGGGUAUUUCGCCUUACAGUACUUCCUGCGCUACGGGCCGCCGGUGCUAAGCGAGAGCCUGCCAGGGCUCGGUGCUUGGCUGAAGAUUGAAGACGCAGAGGACAGAUCCUGGUUCCAGGCAAUCAGCCUGGCCCUUCCCUAUGCGGUCCUUGUCUUUGUUUUCAGUCACGACCUUCUGCGGUGCCGGCGUCGGGUGUCCCGCAGGCUGAAACCUUCCCAGAUCAUCUUUGAGCGGCACUUUGGAGUCCACGGCAACUGCUAUGUUGUCAAGGUCGCACUGAUCCAGAUAAUGACAGUGCUCCUGCAAGCCUUCGGGAAGGUACCGCUUCUGGGAGGGACUGUCACAUUUGCAAUGUAUCAGAACAUCCCAGCAGCCUUGGUGCUGAAACGAUGCGUCUGGAUCUUCUAUGUGCUGCUGACCUUCAACAGCCUGUACCCGAGUAUCCUUUUUGUGCGGCCAGAUUCCCGCUGGUGUCGCUAUGGUGCUGCUGUCAUGGAUGUGGUGAUGGAUCUGGGAUACAUGCUCACCUAUUUGCUCACCGUGGUGACCGCCAUGUCCGAGCUGACGCUGGAGACGGCCGUGCGUGGCAACUUCGGGGAUGCGGAGGAGCUGGACCUCAGCAAUAGCAUAAGCCCAACCUUCGCUUUCCCCUCUGACAUCCUGCAGUUCCUGGCGGUGUACAUCAGCCUUGCGCACACCUGUUGUGCCUGCCGCUCUGUCGAACGUGCCAGGGAUCUGGGCAGUCUGGGCGGUCUGGGCGAAAGCUCUGUGGGGCCAAAGCAAUCGAAGCGACCGAUCAAUCACCGCACGGUCUUUCCUACCCGUCAUGGCCGGCUGGUGCUUCGAUGCCUCAAGGCACUGUACUCUCCCAUCCUGCUCCUGGUGCUUUUCCUGUUUCUUCGCUCUCCGGACAUGUACCCUGGCCACUCCGAAGACUUCAGCUGCUUCCCGUGCCGCUGCUCUCAGGAGGCGAGGCGCCUGGAAAGCUGCCGAUUAGCAGCCGUACUCCGACAGCCGGAGCUGGCCCUGCCCGGCGUCCACAGCAUCGCCCAAGCAGCGUUGGACCCCCUAGGCUGCUAUGUACGGCGCCUAUCCCUGUCCAACCACAAGUUGACCUCCCUGCCGGCGAAACGGUUCCGGCACCUGAGUUGCCUGGAAGCCCUGGACCUGGGCAGAGGACGCCUCGAGCACCUGGAGGAUGAGGCCUUCGAGGGCCUGGCGCAGCUGCGCCUCCUGUCGCUCAGCCAAAACUUGCUGACCGACCUCCCCACCCAGGUUCUCAAACCGCUGCUCCGCUUGGAGCAGCUCCUUCUAGGUGGCAAAAGCGACAAACAAGGCAAUGUAAUCGUGAGCGGGAACCAGCUUGUGAGUUUGCCGAACUUCACGCAGAACCCUCGGCUGAGAGUGUUGGACGUCAGCGAGAACAAUCUGAAGAACUUGGAGGACGCCACCUUCUCGCAUCUCCACAGACUCCGAGUCCUGGACCUCGGCCGCAACAACCUCCUCAACGUCUCCGACCACACCUUCGCAGGCUUGACCUCGCUUCAGAAGCUGGAUUUGGGCAGCAACAAGCUGGAACAGCUUCCGGAAACGGUCUUCCAAAACCUGACCUCCCUUCAGCAGCUGGAUUUGCACAGCAACAAGCUGGCAGAGCUCCCGGAAACAGUCUUCCAGGGCUUGACCUCCCUGCAGACGCUGGAUUUGCGGUACAACAACCUGGAGCUCCCGGAGCAGGUCUUCCAGGGCUUGACCUCCCUUCAGAAGCUGGAUUUGCGCUGGAACCAGCUGGCCGAGCUCCCGGAAACGGUCUUCCAGGGCUUGACCUCCCUUGAGACGCUGGAGUUGUUCUACAACAAGCUGGCAGAGCUCCCAGCAGCGGUCUUCCAGGGCUUGACCUCACUUGAGACGCUGAAGUUGCACGACAACAAGCUGGCAGAGCUCCCGGAGAAGGUCUUCCAUGGCUUGACCUCCCUUGAGACACUGGAGUUGAACAGCAACAACCUGGCAGAGCUCCCGGAGAAGGUCUUCCAGGGCUUGACCUCGCUUCAGGUGUUGGAGUUGUACAGCAACCAGCUGGCAGAGCUCCCAGAAACGGUCUUCCAGGGCUUGACCUCUCUUAAGAGGCUGGAUUUGGGCAGCAACUACAAGCUGGCAGAGCUCCCGGAGAAGGUCUUCCAGGGCUUGACCUCCCUUGAGACACUGGAGUUGAACAGCAACAACCUGGCAGAGCUCCCGGAGAAGGUCUUCCAGGGCUUGACCUCUCUUAAGAGGCUGGAGUUGUUCUACAACAAGCUGGCAGAGCUCCCCGCAGCGGUCUUCCAGGGCUUGACCUCCCUUGAGACGCUGGAUUUGCGCGUCAACAUCAAGCUGGCAGAGCUCCCGGAAACGGUCUUCCAGGGCUUGACCUCUCUUAAGAGGCUGGAUUUGGGCAACAACUACAAGCUGGCAGAGCUCCCGGAGAAGGUCUUCCAGGGCUUGACCUCCCUUGAGACACUGGAGUUGAACAGCAACAACCUGGCAGAGCUCCCGGAGAAGGUCUUCCAGGGCUUGACCUCUCUUAAGAGGCUGGAGUUGUUCUACAACAAGCUGGCAGAGCUCCCCGCAGCGGUCUUCCAGGGCUUGACCUCCCUUGAGACGCUGGAUUUGCGCGUCAACAUCAAGCUGGCAGAGCUCCCGGAAACGGUCUUCCAGGGCUUGACCUCUCUUAAGAGGCUGGAUUUGGGCAACAACUACAAGCUGGCAGAGCUCCCGGAGAAGGUCUUCCAGGGCUUGACCUCCCUUGAGACACUGGAGUUGAACAGCAACAACCUGGCAGAGCUCCCGGAGAAGGUCUUCCAGGGCUUGACCUCCCUUGAGACACUGGAGUUGAACAGCAACAACCUGGCAGAGCUCCCGGAAAAGGUCUUCCAGGGCUUGACCUCGCUUCAGGUGUUGGAGUUGUUCUACAACAAGCUGGCAGAGCUCCCGCAAAGGGUCUUCCAGGGCUUGACCUCCCUUGAGAGGCUGGAUUUGAGCGACAACAAGCUGGCAGAGCUCCCGGAAACGGUCUUCCAGGGCUUGACCUCCCUUGAGAGGCUGGAUUUGAGCGGCAACAAGCUGGCAGAGCUCCCGGAAACGGUCUUCCAGGGCUUGACCUCCCUUGAGACGCUGGAGUUGUUCUACAACAAGCUGGCAGAGCUCCCCGCAGCGGUCUUCCAGGGCUUGACCUCCCUUGAGACGCUGGAUUUGAGCGUCAACAUCAAGCUGGCAGAGCUCCCGGAAACGGUCUUCCAGGGCUUGACCUCCCUUGAGACGCUGGAGUUGUUCUACAACAAGCUGGCAGAGCUCCCAGCAGCGGUCUUCCAGGGCUUGACCUCACUUGAGACGCUGAAGUUGCACGACAACAAGCUGGCAGAGCUCCCGGAGAAGGUCUUCCAUGGCUUGACCUCCCUUGAGACACUGGAGUUGAACAGCAACAACCUGGCAGAGCUCCCGGAGAAGGUCUUCCAGGGCUUGACCUCGCUUCAGGUGUUGGACUUGUACAGCAACCAGCUGGCAGAGCUCCCGCAAAGGGUCUUCCAGGGCUUGACCUCCCUUAAGAUGCUGCAUUUGGGCGGCAACAGGCUGGCACAGCCAGUGAGGCGCUGUGUUGAGGCCGCCUUGAGCUGCGAGAAUUGCAGCUGCGAGGCUUCUUGA